AUGAUAUUUGUGACUUUAGAACAUAUAUUAACUCAUAUCUCUUUUUCGAUCAUUUCAAUUGUGAUUACGAUUCAUUUGAUGACCUUAUUAAUCCCCAAAAUUCCAGGAUUAUGUGAUUCGUCGGAAAAAGGGAUAAUAUCCACUUUUUUCUCUAUAACAGGAUUAUUAAUUACUCGGUGGAUUUAUUCGGGGCAUUUUCCGUUAAGUAAUUUAUACGAAUCAUUAAUCUUCCUUUCGUGGAGUUUCUCCAUUAUUCAUAUGAUUCCCUAUCUUAGGAAUUAUAAAAAUGAUUUAAGCGCAAUAACCGUACCAAGUGUUAUUUUUACUCAAGGCUUCGUCACGUCAUGUCUUUCAACUGAAAUGCGACAAUCUGCAAUAUUAGUACCUGCUCUAAAAUCUCAAUGGUUAAUGAUGCACGUAAGUAUGAUGUUAUUGAGCUAUGCAACUCUUUUAUGCGGAUCAUUAUUAUCAGUCGCUCUUUUAGUUAUUACAUUUCGAAAAAACAUGGAUAUUUUUUAUAAAAGGAAAAAUUUAUUAAUUAAGUCAUUUUUCUUUGCUGAGACCGAAUAUUUGAAUAAAAAAAGAAGUGUUUUUAAAAACACCUCUUUUCUUUCAUUUCGAAAUUAUUACAAAUAUCAAUUGACUCAGCGUUUGGAUUAUUGGACUUAUCGUAUCAUUAGUUUAGGGUUCAUUUUUUUAACCAUGGGCAUACUUUCGGGAGCAGUAUGGGCUAAUGAGGCAUGGGGAUCCUAUUGGAAUUGGGACCCCAAAGAAACUUGGGCAUUUAUUACUUGGACCAUAUUCGCGAUUUAUUCGCAUAUUAGAAUAAAUAUCAAUUUUCAAGGUACCAAUCCAGCACUUGUAGCUUCUAUAGGAUUUCUUAUAAUUUGGAUAUGCUAUUUUGGGAUCAAUCUAUUAGGAAUAGGUCUACAUAGUUAUGGUUCAUUCACAUUACAAUCUAAUUGA